UGCCAGCCUUGGCCCAUCAUGUAAGUGCUGCGGAGAAUUCUUUGCAGUGCAAUUGCAAAAUUAUCCGUUUUGGCGUCGCGUGCGGGGGCUGUGCAAUCACACCGGCGCUCCGUGCACGGACACGCACGCAGCGGACGCAAAAAGGCUCCAAGUGCAUGAAGAUCGAGGCUUGUAUUUUGCAUCUUUGUUGCAAAGCAAGCCGCCGAAGCUCCAGUGCGAGGGCGAUGGAGGGAGGGAGUGAGAAAGAAGGCAAAGUCUUUUGUGCUUCCCCUCCCCCUCAUCAAAGCAAAGGGGAAAUGUCUCAGCCAAAGGGAGGUAAGAGGAAGCUGGGGCUGAAGCUCCCCAAAGAGGCGUUUGAGCAGCCUCCUCCUGCUGCAGUGCCUCCCAGAGAUCUGGACUCUAAGGCUUGUGUAACUAUCGGAGAGAAGAACUUUGAGGUGAAGGCAGAUGACCUGGAGCAGAUCUGUGAGCUGGGCCGGGGAGCGUACGGCGUGGUGGACAAGAUGAGGCACGUGCCCAGCGGCCUCAUCAUGGCUGUGAAGAGGAUCCGGGCCACAGUGAACACUCAGGAGCAGAAGAGGCUGCUGAUGGAUCUGGACAUCUCCAUGAGGACGGUGGACUGUUUCUACACCGUCACCUUCUACGGAGCGUUAUUCAGAGAGGGAGACGUCUGGAUCUGCAUGGAGCUGAUGGACACGUCUCUGGAUAAGUUCUACAAGCAGGUGAUCGAGAAAGGCCUGAACAUCCCUGAGGAUAUCCUGGGGAAGAUCGCUGUCUCUAUAGUAAAAGCUCUGGAGCAUCUGCACAGCAAUCUGCAAGUCAUACACAGAGACGUGAAGCCGUCCAACGUGCUGAUCAACACACAGGGCCAGGUGAAGAUGUGUGACUUCGGCAUUAGCGGCUACCUGGUCGACUCUGUGGCCAAAACCAUGGACGCGGGCUGCAAACCCUACAUGGCGCCGGAGCGGAUCAACCCGGAGACUAACCAGAAGGGCUACAACGUCAAGUCUGACAUCUGGAGUCUAGGCAUCACCAUGAUCGAGCUGGCCAUCCUGCGUUUCCCCUACGACUCGUGGGGAACGCCGUUCCAGCAGCUGAAGCAGGUGGUGGAGGAGCCGUCGCCCCAGCUGCCCCCAGAACACUUCUCACCACACUUUGUCGACUUCUCCUCUCUGUGCUUAAAGAAAGUUUCCAAAGAGCGGCCGACCUACGCUGAACUCAUGCAACAUCCCUUCUUCACCUCCCAUGAUGCCAAAGAGACCGACGUGGCCAGCUUUGUGAAGGUCAUCCUGGGGGACUGAGGGGGCGGGGCUACAGGAGGAGGAGGAGGAGGAGAAGGAGGAGAAAAAACAACAACAACAACAACAAACAAAAAGCACCAACCGCAGCCCCCGUUACCUGCAGGACUCCCCCCCUCCCUCUCUCCCUCCCUCCCUCCCUCCUGCAGAGAGACGAGGAGCUGACGGAGGAGCUGAGGGGGAGGGGGGGAGGGGGGGUGGGGGGGGGCUGCAGGAGUCAGUAACAUGUCUGUAUGCAAACGUCCCUCUGCACCGCCUGCUGCCACACGGCUGAUAUCAGCUGUUACCAGAGCUGACCGGACUGCUCCAGGUCGUUUAUUUCCCUUUUAGCUGAAACACAGCAGUGAAAAGAGGCGCAGAUUCUAUAAAAAGAUGAAUGAUAUAAUGCUAUCUAUGUAUAAUCUAAAUGUGUGUAUACUCAAAGCAAGUGUUGCAUCGGUUCAUUAAUGACUGCAUGUACAGAAUAUAUGUGAGGGGACAGGCCCUCUGCUGGCCAACCACAGGUACUGCACCUCUACUCCCCCUGAGCACAGCACAGGUCCACUACUGUCCUGGCUCUGGUGUGUGUGUGUAUGUGUGUGUG